AUGAGCGAAAACGUGGAUACGGCUAUGGAAACUACAGAAGUUACAGCAACCGAGGAAUCUCCAAUUCCGCAACCGCAAGCUGCUGCACAAGUUCAACUACCACCAAACGAGGAUCCUGGUGAAAUGAUGAUGGCUACUAUUGCAAGAUUUUUCGAGCGAAUGAUUGAUGAUCAAUUGAACGCAGAAUUUGGUGGUAGAACUCCUACGGAUUUGGCAUUACUUGAAAAUUCUAAUAACAGUGUGGUGACACCCAAUACUGCUAGUCAAUUGCCAGUACCAUCUAACCAAAUUGGCACACAUUCAGCGAGCACCAUCGAUCGAUCGCGCCGAAGUUAUGUUGUAAUAUCAAGAGGCGGGAGAGUACAUUUAAGUCAAUCUCCCGGAAGAACAUCCUCACAAGCAAGUACUCAUUCUCCUUCAUCAACGCAAAGAAUUACGUCUGCAGAACGACACCAAGAAACAUCUACAACUACUGCGGAAUCGCCAGACCGAGAAGAUUCGGAAGAACAAUCAAGUCAGGAUGAUGGCAAUACCGAAGUAGCACAUUCUGGAUCAACAACAGCAACAAGCGCAACGCCAAAUGCUGGACGGGAAGGAAGAAAUACAGGAGAAACUUGGCCUUAA